GAUCGUAGUGUGAGGAGUAAUGGCAUGGAGUAUCAGUGGUCAAAACCGGUCAAAACAUUGGUCACUAUAAGAACUACAAACGAACCUACUGUUUUCGUCGCGUUUAACUUGUGCAUUGAACUAUUUGGGCAAACGGAGGACGCCAUGACGCGCGCGUGGGGACACAGUUUCUGAAACUGUCAAGAGCCGAUAUUUCCUUUUCAAUAACGGAAUACCUUAUUAGACAUGUGAGUUACCGGAGGCAUCGUCAGCAACCGUGCAAAAUGAAGUUUCUCCUGUGUCUUCGAUGUCUCCUCAUCUCCUUCGUGGUGUUCAGGCCGAGCACAGCACAGUCAGUUUGCCCUGGAACGGAGAACAAGUUGAGCACGUUGUCAGACCUGGACCAGCAGUACCGCACCCUGAAGAAGCAUUAUGAGAACUGUGAGGUGGUCAUGGGAAACCUGGAGAUCACCAGUAUCGACCGGAACCGCAACCUCUCCUUCCUCAAGUCUAUCCGAGAGGUGACAGGCUAUGUGCUGGUAGCUCUGAACCAGUUUGACUCCCUGCCCCUGGAGAACCUUCGCAUCGUGCGGGGCACCAAGCUUUACGAGGGACGCUACGCCCUGGCCAUCUUCCUCAACUACCGCCGCGACGGCUUCUACGGCCUCAGACAGCUGGGCCUUCGCAACCUCACAGAGAUCCUGAACGGGGGGGUUUAUGUUGACCAGAACAAGUUCCUGUGCCACGCCGACACCAUCCACUGGAGGGACAUCAUCAAGAACCCCCAAGCUGAGCUCUUGGUGGUACCGUCCAACAACAGUGGCCUUGGAUGCAAACGAUGUCAUCGCUCUUGUAACGGACGCUGUUGGGGCCAUCAGGACAACCAGUGCCAAAGCUUGACCAAGACUGUGUGUGCUGAGCAGUGUGACGGCCGUUGCUUCGGCCCCUACGUCAGUAACUGCUGCCAUAGGGAGUGUGCUGGGGGCUGCUCGGGACCCAAGGACACAGACUGCUUCGCCUGCACCAACUUCAACGACAGUGCGUGUGUGACCCAGUGCCCCCAGCCCUUUGUGUACAACCCCACCACCUUCCAGCUGGAAUCCAACCCACGGGCCAAGUACACCUAUGGAUCCUUCUGUGUGGAGAAGUGUCCCCAUAACUUUGUGGUGGACCACAGCUCCUGUGUGAGGGCUUGUCCCAGCAACAAGAUGGAAGUAGAGGAGAACCGCAUCAAGAUGUGCAUCCCCUGCACUGAUAUCUGUCCCAAAGUGUGUGACGGCAUAGGGACUGGCAGCCUGCAGACAGCCCAGACGGUGGAUGCCAGCAACAUAGAGAUGUUUGUCAACUGCACCAAGAUCAACGGCAACCUCAUCUUCCUCAUCACCGGCAUCAAAGGGGAUAUGUACCAUGGUAUAGGGGCCUUGGACCCGGAGCGGCUCAACGUGUUCCGCACAGUGAGAGAGAUCACAGGGUUCCUCAAUAUCCAGUCCUGGCCAGAGAACAUGACAGACCUCGGUGUCUUCUCCAAUCUGGCAACCAUCGGUGGGAGAUCACUGUACAGUGGGAUCUCUCUGCUGAUCCUGAAGCAGCGUUGGAUCUCCUCUCUCCAGUUCCAGUCUCUGGAUGAGAUCAGUGCGGGCAACGUGUACAUCACCAACAACAGCCACCUGUGCUACUACAACACCGUCAACUGGACCAGCCUGUUCCGCACCAGCAAUCAGAAGGUGCUCAUCCGCAACAACCGGGCCCCCAGCGAGUGCACCCAACAGAGGAUGGUGUGUGACCGGCUGUGUUCUGAAGAUGGUUGCUGGGGUCCAGGGCCUAACCAGUGCCUCUCCUGUCGUUACUUUAGCCGAGGACGUUCCUGUGUGCCGUCCUGCAACCUCUAUGACGGAGAUGUGCGUGAGUUUACCAAUGGUUCAGUAUGUCUGGAGUGUGACAGCCAGUGUGAGAAAUCUCAGGACAAGACCAUGACCUGCCUUGGAACGGGUCCAGAUCAAUGUGUGACCUGCCUUCACUCCAAAGACGGGCCCAACUGUGUGGAAAAGUGCCCCGACGGCCUCCAAGGCACCAACAGCUUCAUCUUCAAAUACGCCGAGGCCAACAACGAGUGCCACCCCUGCCACGCCAACUGCACCCAGGGCUGCGUUGGGCCUUGGCUCCAAGACUGUGUUGGAAUGAUGGACAGGACGCCCCUCAUCGCGGCCGGGGUGAUCGGUGCUCUGUUUGUCAUCGUUAUCGUGGCGCUGAGCGUGGCGGUCUACGUGCGCCGUAAGAGCAUCAAGAAGAAGAGGGCUCUGCGCCGCUUCCUGGAGACAGAGUUGGUGGAGCCCCUGACCCCUAGCGGCACGGCCCCCAACCAGGCCCAGCUUCGUAUUCUCAAAGAGACAGAGCUAAAGAGGGUUAAGAUCCUCGGCUCGGGAGCCUCUUUCGGCACCGUCCACAAGGGUAUCUGGGUCCCAGAGGGAGAGACAGUAAAGAUCCCAGUGGCCAUAAAGAUCCUGAAUGAAGUUACGGGGCCCAAAGCAAACGUGGAGUUCAUGGACGAGGCUCUGAUUAUGGCCAGCAUGGAGCACCCCCACCUGGUCCGUCUCCUGGGGGUCUGCCUGAGCCCCACCACACAGCUGGUCACCCAGCUCAUGCCCCACGGCUGCCUCCUCGACUACGUCCACGAACACAAGGACAACAUCGGCUCUCAACUGCUGCUCAACUGGUGUGUCCAGAUCGCCAAGGGUAUGAUGUAUCUGGAGGAGAGAAGGCUGGUCCACAGAGAUCUGGCAGCCCGUAAUGUUCUGGUCAAGUCCCCCAACCACAUCAAGAUCACUGACUUUGGCCUGGCCAGACUGCUGGACGUCGACGAGAAAGAGUAUAACGCUGACGGGGGCAAGAUGCCCAUUAAGUGGAUGGCGUUGGAGUGUAUUCACUACAGGAAGUUCACACACCAGAGUGAUGUGUGGAGCUACGGUGUGACUAUCUCCAGGUGUGAUCUGGGAGCUGAUUUUGGAGGGAAGCCGUAUGAUGGCAUCCCAACGCGGGAGAUCCCAGACAUCCUGGAGAAGGGCGAGCGUCUGCCUCAGCCUCCCAUCUGCACCAUAGACGUCUAUAUGGUCAUGGUUAAAUGCUGGAUGAUAGACGCAGACAGCAGGCCCAAGUUCAAGGAGCUGGCUGCAGAGUUGUGUAGGAUGGCCCGGGACCCCCAGAGAUACCUGGUCAUCCAGGGGGAUGACCGUAUGAAGCUGCCCAACCCCAACGACAGUAAGUUCUUCCAGAGCCUGCUGGAUGAGGAGGAUGUGGAGGACUUUAUGGAUGCUGAGGAGUACCUGGUACCCCAUCACUUUAACAUGCCUCCACUAUCAUACACAGCCAGGCUCCGCGUCGACUCCAACAGGAACCAGUUUGGGUACCGGGACGGUUCAGGCUCGACCCCUGAGGAGGGCCUGGCAUUGGGAGGGUCCCCGUCUUGUGUCUCCUCUCCAGAUCCUGCAGGCACGCAGGGGGCAGCCCUGGACGCCCUGGAGGACCAGCGCUGCAACGGCACGCUGCUCAAGAAGAAGACCCAGACAAGGACCGGGGCAGAGGACAACAAUGGGCAGCGCUACAGUGCCGACCCUACCGUGUUCCUGGGGGACCGGGGUGUGGGGCCCCGGGGGGACACGGACGAGGACGGCUACAUGACCCCCAUGAAGGAUAAGACCUCGUCAGACUCUCUGAAACCGAUUGAGGAAAACCCAUUCGUGGCGCGGCGCAAGAACGGCGAGGUCCACGCCCUGGACAACCCAGCCUACCACAGCACACCCAACAGCCAGCCCAAGGGCGAAGACGAGUACAUCAACGAGCCUCUCUACCUCAACACCUUCCACAACCCCGGAGACAUGGUCCUGAGAAAGAAUGGUGGUCUCCCAUCACAGAGUACAGCCUCGACUAUCAGUAUUGGCUCCUAUCCCCAACUCACCAUCCAGACUGGCCUUCCUUACUACCCCGUUGUACCGACAGAGAGCUCCCCUUCUGGGCUGCAGGGAGGCUGCCAUCACCCACUGCCUGGUCACCACAUUCACAAGCUCCACAGUGUUGGUGUGAAACCUGGCCACUCGGCCCUAUCUGACAACUCACCACAACAGACCCACCUGGGCCUUCAGGGACACCAGUCCCACCUAAUCCAGUGUGGUGGUGGGCCCUCUGCCACCCAGGUUUACCACACUGAAAGGUCAACUGUCAAGAAAGGUCCCAUCUCCAUGUCGGCGCCCGAGGACCAGAGAAGUGUUAUACCAGCAUACCAGGGGCACACCACCCACCCUGGCAGUGUACUGAAGCAGGGACAGGGGAACCAGGCGGGAGGCAAACCGGCAGGCAAGAAGCUCAAGGUGACCUUUGACAAUCCAGAGUACUGGCAGCACAGCCUGCCACCCAAGCCGUUGAACAGCGUUACAAACCAGGCGGGCAGCACCCUUGAGGCGGGAACCACCAAUGGCAAGUUGUUCUACAAACGGAACGGCUGCAUCAGGCCGGUGGUGGCCGAAAACCCCGAGUACCUAUCAGAGUUCUCGUCCAAUCUCAAGCCGGGCACAGUUCUGCCCCCUCCCCCGUACCGACAGAGGAACACAGUGGUAUAGAGGUGAGGUCCCAACCCAUCUUCCUCCAGCUCCUGGACCAGCCAGUACCCAGCCUUCUCCGGUUCCUCUGUCCCUUCCUCAGUACCUCAAACAGUCACGAGAGCCUCCCCAAAACCCCUCCCCAUGACAUCCCACCAUCCAUCACCUGCGCUAACUAGCUAACUAGCUAGCGUUCUCCAGAGAAGGAGCUAGCAGACCCUACUCAGAGUGCCACCAACCAACACACUACCAGGCUCCACCUCCGUAUCUCCACUCUAGCCCCUAACUGGUACAGUAACAACAGUAAAACGGCUCUAGGUAAAGACCAGGCCAUGUUAACCUCUGACGCUGUAUAUAAGAUGGACUGGCAGCGGUGGUGGUGUUUGUGAAAGGAGCAUCGAGGAACCACGCAAUACGGAGAUAGUAUGACCAUAUGUACUGUUCUCUACACAGACAAGGAUGGUGUCAGGACUCUCAGGACAGUACGAGGGAACCACGAUGAGGAACGCAGACGGAACAGAUGAAGUGUGUCGAAAAAAGAGAUGUUAUACAGAGCACAGUGUUUUACAUGACUGUUGUUGCAACAAAAUGAACUGGAGAGAGAGAGAUGGAAAGACAACCAACCACUACUGUAUGUUGAAAUGUUCCUCACAAAGGAGCUACAUAUUGUAGAUAUUGCAUCACCAUCACUUCAGUGUUACUCACCUCUUACAGUAUUUACGGUAACUAACUCUGUUGUGACCAAGCCUUGUACCAUUUUCAAACAUGUUUUAUUUAAUGUUUACUCUAUUUAAUUUUCACAAUUAUUUAUAUAAUGUGUUAAAAACAACAACUACGUACCUGUAUGUACAACGCAGGCCAUCCAUUGGAUAAUUUUUGGGGGUGUGGCGUUCACAGUUACGUUGUUCACUUGAAAGCUCUUAUCACGUCUAAACUACUGUAAACCACGUGGGUAGCUUAACUUGAAAGCUCUUAUCACGUCUAAACUACUGUAAACCACGUGGGUAGCUUAUCUUGAAAGCUCUUAUCACGUCUAAACUACUGUAAACCACGUGGGUAGCUUAACUUGAAAGAGCUUAUCACGUCUAAACUACUGUAAACCACAUGGGGAGCUUAACUUGAAAGCUCUUAUCACGUCUAAACUACUGUAAACCACGUGGGUAGCUUAACUUGAAAGAGCUUAUCACGUCUAAACUACUGUAAACCACAUGGGGAGCUUAACUUGAAAGCUCUUAUCACGUCUAAACUACUGUAAACCACAUGGGUAGCUUAUCUUGAAAGCUCUUAUCACGUCUAAACUACUGUAAACCAUGUGGUUAGCUUAUCUUGAAAGCUCUUAUCACGUCUAAACUACUGUAAACCAUGUGGGGAGCUUAACAAAUAACUUUCUAAAAGUUACUUUAUCACUGGCUUCAAUGGAAUGACAUAGGAUUUUUUCUCAAUAAUGUCUCGGAAGAGAUUCAUCACUGCGAGGAAAUUAGGUUAUGCAGAUUGUGGCCUGACACAGGGACACAGAGUUUGUAGUAACGGUUUGCAAUGCAAAUGAGAGGAUAAUGAGGAGGACUGCUGUAGCAUGAAAAAUAGUAUCCUUUAUAACUCGCUACGGUGGCUGAGACACAGAGAGAGGAGGAGGAGGGUGUCCUUUCUAGUGGAGGCCUGGAUGAAUGGAUGAGAGACAGAUUCCAUAUAGACAGAUUCUCAUGGAG